AUUAAACAGAAUGCUGUGCCUGGUAUUCUAUGGAACGCUAGGCUGGAAUAUAUUCUGAAUCCUUGAUGGAGCAGAAGAGAGGAGCUGUUCCCUCUCGGAGGGAAGGAUUUACACAGCCCUCUAGUUCUGGUCCUUAAGCCAUCCCCACAAAGGGAACCGGAGAAAAAUACAUCUCCCAUGAGCCUUUGUCUCGAGGACCGCUAGGGGUGGUCGGGCAGGGCGCCUCGAUGCCUGCCGGGAGUUGUGGUUCUCCUAGGCCGCGUCACUCCACCGUCGCCCACCCGAACUUCUUUGUGGACGUGGCGCGGAGGUCCCUCUGCACCGCUGUUCGUUGGCCCCGCCUCUUGGCUCCUCCUGCGCAUUCAUUGGUUGUUGGGCGUGGCCUUUGCGUAGCCGGGGCGGGGCCUGGCUGGCUGGCUGCCAAAUUGGGCAUUUUUGGGAGAACUUGAAACCAAACGUGGAGAGCAGAAAGAAACUGGAUAACAGGAUAACGGGGGACCUACGAUGUGUCGUCCAUCACUCCAGCUGCUGUUUCUGCCGCUGCUGCUGCUGCUGCUACUGGGGCUGCUGCUGCGGCGCGGGGCCCAAGGAAAGCCAUCCCCAGAUGUGGGUCCUCAUGGCCAGGCCAGGGUACACCAGGCAACGCCCUUGAGCGAUGCCCCUCACGACGACGCCCACGGGAAUUUCCAGUACGACCACGAGGCCUUCCUAGGACGGGAAGUGGCCAAGGAAUUCGACCAGCUCACCCCUGAGGAAAGCCAGGCCCGCCUCGGGAGAAUUGUGGACCGCAUGGACCGGGCUGGCGAUGGGGAUGGCUUGGUGUCGCUGGCCGAGCUUCGCUCGUGGAUCGCGCACACGCAGCAGCGCCACAUACGGGACUCGGUGAGCGCGGCCUGGGACACGUACGACACGGACCGCGAUGGGCGCGUGGGUUGGGAGGAGCUGCGCAACGCCACCUACGGUCACUAUGCUCCCGGGGAGGAAUUCCACGAUGUGGAGGACGCGGAGGCCUACAAGAAGAUGCUGGCCCGGGACGAGCGGCGCUUCCGGGUGGCUGACCAGGACGGGGACUCCAUGGCCACGAGGGAGGAGCUGACGGCCUUCCUGCACCCGGAGGAGUUCCCACACAUGCGGGACAUCGUGAUCGCUGAAACCCUGGAGGACCUGGACAAAGACAAGGACGGCUACGUGCAGGUGGAGGAGUACAUCGCGGACCUGUACUCCGAGGAGCCGGGGCAGGAGGAGCCGGCCUGGGUACAGACAGAGCGGCAGCAGUUCCGGGACUUCCGCGACCUCAACAAGGACGGGCGGCUGGAUGGCAGUGAGGUUGGCUACUGGGUGCUGCCCCCGUCACAGGACCAGCCCCUGGUGGAGGCGAACCACCUGCUGCAUGAGAGCGACACGGACAAGGAUGGGCAGCUGAGCAAGGCUGAGAUCCUGCAGAACUGGAACAUGUUUGUGGGCAGCCAGGCCACCAACUACGGCGAGGACCUCACACGACACCACGAUGAGCUCUAAGCCCCACAUGAGCAAGUGAUACAGCUCGUGCAGCCUGGCCCCAGGGGACACUCCUGCCUCAGCCUCUCCUUGGCACUUGACCCUGCUCUCCCCACCCUAGGGUCCCUUAGAGCCCCCAGUGUGGACAGCACCAGGCUCACCACAGGGUUUCCUGCCCAGACUAGGGCUGGCAUCUCAGCUCAGCCUACAGGAGCCCUCACCCACUGUACCCCAUGUCUGAGCCACCACCACUGACACCCAGAAACUCAGCACUGGUCCUGGGCCUCCCCUCUGCCAGGGCAACAAUAAAAUCCAGCGAUGGG